CAGUCCUCAACCGCCAUUUGCGUCAUCAGUGUGCGUCCUGUGCAGUUGGAGUAGAAGCAGAAGGAAAAUGGCUGCAAGGUUACUGCGCGCUGCAGUGCGGGCCUCGGCUCUGUGCCGCGUUUCUUCCACUCCUGUCCUCAGCAGGGGGAUGGCGGCUGGAGGCAUUCCCACUGAUGAGCAGCAGGCCACUGGGCUAGAGAAAAAAAUCCUGACGUCCUUUAAAGCCGGCGCGGACCCGUACAGUGUGUUGAAGCCAAAGCAGUAUGCUGGCUCUAAAGAGGACCCGCACAUCGUCCCCUCCAUCAACAAGAAGCGUAUCGUCGGCUGUGUCUGUGAGGAGGACAACACGGCCAUCGUGUGGUUUUGGCUGCACGAAGGAGAACCUCAGCGCUGUCCGUCCUGCGGCUCGCACUACAAACUUGUUCCUCACGAACUUCCUCAUUGAGACUCUGUAGACCUUCAGCUCGGUUUUUCUCUUCUGUGUUAAUUAACAUAACCUUCAUACAAACAGAACUGCUGCAGUUACACCUCUGACUGUACCGGGUGUGUGUGUGUGUGUAAUACCAGUUAAUCCUAAUAAACAAUUUAAACCUG